AGGGGGGGUUGGGGGGCGCCAUGGCGACGGCGCACGUUAGCGUGAGCCAUGGCUUGUUAGGGCUUUUCCUUGCCCUAAUCCUCUUAUCGCGCGCCGAGGCGAGGUUGGGAACGACGAGGCAACGUUUGGAGGUCCAUCGCCACCUCAGGCGCCUCAACAAACCCGCCGUAAAGAGCAUUCAGAGCCCAGAUGGAGAUAUCAUAGAUUGUGUGCAUGUCUCUCAUCAACCAGCCUUUGAUCACCCUUUCCUUCAGAACCAUACCAUCCAGAUGAGGCCAAGCUUCCACCCAGAGGGGCUCUAUGCUGAGAGCAAGGUCUCAGCAGGUGAGAAGAGCAGGCCAGUGCUGCAGAUGUGGCACCAGAAUGGGAGGUGCCCAGAGAACACCAUCCCCAUCAGGAGGACCCAGAAGGAUGAUGUGCUCAGAGCAAGCUCUGUCAAGAAGUAUGGGAGGAAGAAGCACAAGAGCUUCCCAAACCCUCUCUCUGUUGACCCUGACCUCCUCAAUGAGAGUGGCCAUCAGCAUGCAAUUGCAUAUGUGGAGGGGGAUAAGUAUUAUGGGGCAAAAGCAACUAUAAAUGUGUGGGAACCAAAGAUACAGCAACCAAAUGAGUUUAGCCUCUCUCAGCUUUGGAUCUUAGGUGGUUCAUUUGGAGAGGACCUCAAUAGUAUUGAAGCAGGGUGGCAGGUUAGCCCAGAUCUCUAUGGGGAUAACAACACAAGGCUAUUCACUUAUUGGACUAGUGAUGCAUAUCAAGCAACAGGGUGCUACAACUUACUGUGUUCUGGAUUCAUCCAAAUUAACAGUGAGAUUGCAAUGGGUGCCAGCAUCUACCCCAUCUCUGGCUAUGGUGGUCCCCAGUAUGAUAUCAGUAUUUUGGUCUGGAAGGAUCCAAAAGAAGGGAACUGGUGGAUGCAAUUUGGGAAUGACUAUGUGCUGGGCUACUGGCCUUCUUUCUUGUUCUCCUACUUGGCAGACAGUGCCUCCAUGAUAGAGUGGGGCGGCGAGGUGGUGAACUCGGAACCGGACGGCGAGCACACCUCGACCCAGAUGGGCAGUGGCCACUUCCCUGAGGAAGGCUUCGGCAAGUCGAGCUACUUCAGAAACAUUCAGAUAGUGGAUGCAUCCAACAACCUGAGAUCACCCAAAGGUGUUGGCACCUUCACUGAGCAAUCCAACUGCUAUGAUGUUCAAAAUGGCAACAAUGGUGAUUGGGGCAGCUACUUCUACUAUGGUGGUCCUGGUCAAAACCCCAAUUGUCCAUAAUCAGAAAAUAAAAAAAAAAAAAGAAAAUUUGCCCUACUCUCUUGUAUUGUACCAUUCAAUAUAGUGCAACCCCUCCCUUUCUUUUUUUCCCCUUCUCUUCUUUCAUUUUUACUAAUCACUCCUAGGCAAGUAGUUGUAUGUGGCAUGGGCAUGUGAAAUUGUUCUCUUCCUUGGAGAAUUUUGGGUUUGUUGUAGUCCUUUUUUUUUUUUUUUUUUUCCUUUUUCUUUUUAAUGUUUCUUUUGGUACUUGCUCUCUCUCCAUAUGUAAGCUCUUUGGGGAUGAGGAUGGUCAAGUUUCUUAAGAGAAAGAAACAGGCCUACUGUGGGGUCCAUCAUUUUCACUCAUGUACACCAUUAAGCUGUUGUGUUGCUUUGUCCUUUUUCUCCUUUGUUGCAUUCCACAUGUGAGUAUUAUUGUU